AGAACGGAUGUGAAAUAAUUGGGUUGGAGUUUUAGCAAAGGUACGACUGUCUGCUUUUGCAGAUAGAAAAUAAAAAUAGGGAAGAACAGCGACAAUUGACACCGUUAGAAACCCUAGCAAGCAUGGCAAAUGUCUCGAAGAAAGUGUCGUGGUCCAGUCGGGAUGAAGACUCGGCUCAAGGAGAAGACACACCUCUUCUGAACGGAGCCGGGGCUGCACGAUAUACCAGACAGUUUUCCGGGAGUGGCAUAUUUCACAUAGGGAAGCUGAGUACAGUCGACUUGGAAGAAGACAAUUCAGAAGAGGAGGGAGCAGUCCUAAGCCGGCCCAAGGAGAUCCCUCACAACGAGAAGCUGCUGUCGCUCAAAUAUGAGAGCCUGGAUUAUGACAACAGUGAGAACCAGCUGUUCCUGGAGGAAGAGAGGAGGAUGAGCUACAUGGGCUUCAGGUGUCUGGAGAUCAGCCGCUGGGUGGUGUGUGGUCUCAUUGGAUUCCUGACGGGCCUCAUCGCAUGUGUCAUCGACAUCGUCGUGGAAAACCUUGCUGGGGUCAAGUACCAUGUGGUCAAGCAGAACAUAGAGAAGUUCACUGAGGUGGGAGGCCUCUCCAUCUCUCUCAUCCUGUGGGCAGUGUUGAACUCCGCGUUCGUCAUGGUGGGCUCUAUCGUUGUAGCCUUUUUUGAGCCCAUUGCUGCUGGGAGCGGGAUCCCUCAGAUAAAGUGCUACCUGAAUGGAGUGAAGAUCCCUCGUGUCGUGCGGCUGAAGACUCUUAUGGUGAAAGUGGGAGGAGUCAUUUGCUCUGUGGCUGGUGGCCUGGCUGUAGGAAAGGAAGGUCCAAUGAUCCACUCUGGGGCCGUGGUGGCAGCCGGAGUCUCCCAGGGACGAAGCACCUCACUGAAGAAGGACUUCAAGAUGUUUGAGUACUUCCGGAGGGACACGGAGAAGAGGGACUUUGUUUCGGCGGGUGCGGCAGCAGGGGUGUCGGCGGCAUUUGGAGCUCCUGUUGGUGGGGUUCUCUUCAGCUUGGAAGAGGGGGCGUCCUUCUGGAACCAAAUGUUGACCUGGAGAAUUUUCUUUGCAUCCAUGAUGUCCACCUUCACCCUCAACUUCUUCCUCAGCAUCUAUAACGAGAAGCCGGGCGACCUCUCCAACCCGGGUCUCAUCAACUUCGGCCGCUUUGACAGUGAUAGUGUGGAGUACAACCUUUACGAGAUUCCCCUCUUCAUCUGUAUGGGAGCCAUAGGUGGACUGCUUGGGGCACUGUUCAAUGUACUAAACUACUGGCUCACCAUUUUCAGGAUCAGGUACAUUCACCGGCCAUGCCUGCAGGUGAUGGAGGCCAUGCUGGUGGCAGCUGUGACGGCAGCAGUGUCCUUCACCAUGAUCUACUUCUCCAAUGACUGCCAGCCCCUGGGCCCAGACCAGAGUGAGGAAUACCCGCUGCAGCUCUUUUGUGACGACGGCGAGUAUAACUCCAUGGCAACAGCCUUCUUCAAUACGCCCGAGAGGAGUGUACGGAGCCUGUUUCAUAACGCGCCAGGGUCGUAUAACCCCCUGACGCUGGGCAUGUUCACGCUCAGCUACUUCUUCCUGGCCUGCUGGACGUAUGGCCUGACGGUGUCCGCGGGCGUCUUCAUCCCCUCCCUGCUGAUCGGGGCGGCCUGGGGGAGGCUCUUCGGCAUCCUGCUGGCUGCCAUCACCUCCAGCGGCUCUAUCUGGGCGGAUCCUGGGAAGUAUGCUCUGAUUGGAGCCGCAGCUCAGCUGGGUGGAAUCGUACGCAUGACGCUCAGUCUGACGGUCAUCAUCGUGGAGGCCACGGGCAACGUCACCUACGGCCUUCCCAUAAUGCUGGUGCUCAUUACGGCCAAGAUUGUGGGAGAUUACUUUGUGGAGGGUCUGUAUGACAUCCACAUCAAACUGCAGAGCGUGCCCUUCCUGCACUGGGAGGCCCCGGCCACCUCACACUCGCUAACUGCCAGAGAGGUGAUGAGCUCUCCAGUCACCUGCUUCAGCAGGAUCGAGAAGGUGGGGACCAUUGUGGACAUCCUCAGCAACACGUCCACCAAUCACAACGGCUUUCCCGUGGUGCCCAGGGACAGCGACGAUAACGAGCCGGGGAGAAUCUGCGGCCUGAUCCUGCGCUCCCAGCUGAUCGUCCUUCUGAAGCACAAGGUGUUUGUGGAGAGGGCCCGGUCCUGCCUGCAGCAGCGCCGGCUCCAGCUGAAGGAUUUUCGGGAUGCCUACCCUCGCUUCCCCCCAAUCCAGUCCAUCCAUGUGUCCCAGGAUGAGCGAGAGUGCAUGAUGGACCUCACCCAGUUCAUGAACCCCACCCCCUACACUGUCCCCCAGGAGACGUCUCUCCCUCGUGUCUUCAAGCUGUUCCGAGCCCUCGGUCUGAGGCACCUGGUGGUGAUCGAUCACGAGAACAGGGUUGUGGGGCUGGUGACGCGGAAGGACCUGGCCCGCUACCACCUGGGGAAACACGGGCUGGAGGAGCUGCAGCUGGCGCAGACGUGAUGCGCAGACGGCUGUCCGGCCCAGCGCAGGCUGCAGACGCCGCUCCCCACCUCACCACGAAGCACUACCUACAGCACACACGGGGGUCCCAGGGCCUGGGGGGCACCCACCCGCACCCGAACGCAAAAUGGCGGCACUGUCCGCGUUUCAGCAUCACCACCGGAUUCACGCGUUGGAGACUUUGGGGGAGUUUGUCCCGUUUCUUGAGUUUGAGAAGAGUAGCUGUAGUUUUUUUUGGUUUGUUCGUUGUCUGUUGGGUUUUGCGGAGAAAUGUUGAAAUUUUAAGCUCUGAUGUACUGUCUGGAUCCUGUGGCGGAAGGGUGUGUGCGUGUGUGCGUGUGUGCGUGUGUGUGACACUCUGGUGAUUCAUACCAGCUUUUACAAAACUCGCACCUUUACGACAGCAAUCGGAUGUGUCCAUUGUCUUCAUAGUCAUGUAGAUGGAUGUUCAUUCAUGCCUUCAGUGUACCUCAUUUAAAUUUUGUGUUUGGGAUAGAGUGACAGCAUGUGGAUCAAGUUGUCAUAAGACUGGGAUCAAGUUGGUUAAGAGAAUUUCUGAAACAAUGUUUCCAGCUCUUAGGGAAUCCCAGCCACCCCACCUGUGUGUGUUGAGAGUAGGGGGCACUAGAGUGACUUGUAUUGUGCUGUUGAUCCAUAUGCUUCACUUGACAAAUCUGAUUCCUACCUGAAAGCUCUUUUAUAAUCUCUAGGGGAGUCUGUACUUGCUAAAAGCCAGGAUGCUUUUUCUGUCGUGUUUUACUGCUUUCGACAUGCUUUUUUUUUUUUUUGUCAAGGACUCCUCCAUGAUUUAUUUUUGGUGUUAUUUCUUCUUGGAGACAAUAACUUUAUCUUUUUUGAGUACUCAUGACCAGCGGUACAAAUGAAAUAUGCUAUGUGAAAAUACUAUCUUUCCCUAGUCUCAGGGGGAAGCAUAUUUGGCGCCAUUGUGUUUUGAAAGUGAGGCUGGAUUUCAGAUCACACUGGUACACGUCAACAACAGUGCACUGAAGACCACCUUCAAGCACUUUUGAAAAUUAUAAUGGUGACCUUCUGUACAGGUUUUUCUGUAAAUUAAAUUUGAGCCCUUUUAUGCUUACUGACAGAUCAUGGGCCAUGUUUAAGAGAAAAUCUGUCAUGCUGGAAAUGCACAAAAAUGCUAAACCGAAAGCUAUUACAUAUGGCUGGGUCAGGUUGCCCAUAUAGCUACAGUUGAACCUGGUCCAAGAUUGUGGAUCAUUUUAAUGUUUUUGCCAAGCAUGAAGCUUUAAUAGGAUAUGUGGUAAAUAUGCUAACCCCAGCAUGUGUUUUUCGUCAUUUGCAUUGUGUUCCAGCUUUGAACUACUGAUGGAGAAAAAUGUUAAGGAAUCUGGAAAUGAAUGGAACAGAAUUAAAAUGAAAAUAAGUACUUGUAUUUCUAAAUAUGAAAUAAUUCUCAGUGGGCAUUUUAAAUUAAUUUAAUGGUAAAUACAAAAAAUUAGACCCGAGUGGAUAAUACCAGAUGCCUUUGAGUGAAAAUGACAUUUAAGUUGAACUGAAACUAUCCAAGAGCAUUUUCACAUUAUAUUUGCACUCCUAUAAAAUUUUGUUCAGUUAUUUUGUAUUUGAGCAUUUCUGCUCUUUGCUAGUCCAGUUUUGUAUUGGUAUUUUUACUGGGUUUGCAGUGGUACAUGUUUGGUUUAAAUUUACCUUCAGUUUGAACUCUUGAAUCUACAGUCUGCCCCCUACCUGCUGACUGGAUUCAAUGCACUUUGUCCUCAGCUGCAGAUAGCAGAUUUAACUUAUGUUAUGCUCCUUUAUUUAUGCAUUUUGUACAUUAUGACGUCAGCACUUGGAUGGAAAUAUGAGUAUAAACAGUAAAAUGAAUAAAUUGUAUUCUAUAGUUAAAGAUUGACGUAGUGUUCAGAUUGUGUUUGGGGCCUAUGUCUGUACGUAAGAACAGUGAAAUGUGCCAGCAAGCCAUGGGUGAAGGUCAUUAAAAAAGUGCUAAUAUGUUUUUACAGUUGAGUGUUUCAGUUGCAUCACUCUUGCUUAGACACUUGACUGUUUUUAAUGAUAGCAUUUCAAAAUUCUUUUUUCGUUUUUUUUGUGUGCACCAAUAAAAUGAUUGAUAAGUAUAAA